AUGAAGGAUCUUGGUCCACUCAGUUAUUUUCUUGGUAUUGAGGUGAGCAAGUCAGUUGAUGGUUAUUUCGUUUCUCAAGCUAAAUAUGCAUCUGAAAUCAUUGCACGCUCUGGAAUUACUGAUGCUAAAAUUACAGACACUCUACUAGAAGUGAAUGUCAGACAUGGUUCUUCAGAUGGAAAGAUUUUAUCCAAUCCAACAUUAUAUCGACAAUUGGUAGGAAGUCUGAAUUACUUAACCAUUACUCGACCUGAUAUAAGUCAUGCAGUUCAUAUUGUAAGUCAAUUCAUGUCAGCUCCUCGUUCUACUCAUUAUGUUGUUGUUCUUAGAAUACUUCGUCAUCUCAAGGGAACCUUAUAUCAGGGGUUGCAGUUCUCACCUAAAUCUAAACUUAUUCUUAGAGCAUACUCAGAUUCAGAUUGGGAAGGGGAUGUUACAGAUAGGCGAUCCAUUACAAGGUACUGCUUGUUCUUGGGAGAUUCUUUUAUAUCUUGGAGAAGUAAGAAGCAGACUGUUGUAUCUCGUUCAAGUGUUGAAGCAGAAUAUCGAGCUCUAGCUCAUACUACUUCUGAGAUCAUAUAG